CUUUCGUGUUGGUAUUGGUACUCCUUUUUUUUUCUAUUGUCUGAUCGGCUCUCAUUCUCAUUAGGUACCUUUGCGCCGCUGAUUUUGCCCGAUUUCCGACGCCAUUAUUGUCAAACUUAUAUUUUUUUUUGAAAACAUAUUGUAAUAACCACACAAGAUCAUGGAUGAUGAAUGGGAUGAUGGUUCUGAGUUGAUUGUACCACCUGUCACAUCAUAUGCCAAUAAUUUUGGCAACAAUGAAGUAGAUGAGGGCCACAGCUUGUCGCGUGGUCGAGGAUUCACAUCCUUCAGUGAUGAUAAUGAGUUUGACAAGCCGGAAACCAAUGGGUUUGGAGAGCGGCGCGGGCGCGGCGGACGGGGCGGCGGCCGCGGGCGAGGCGGAGGUCGCGGGGCACGCGGGGGAGGCAGAGACCGGGGCGACUUUGAAUCUUAUGGUGAUGACGGAGAUCAGAGAGGCGAGCGUGGAGAGCGCGGGCGCGGGCGCGGCGGGCGCGGGCGCGGGGGGCGCGGCGCGGGCGCGGGCGGCGACGGCGAGCCCGCCGAGGACGGCGACUCCAAGAAACCGCCCGUCACCUACGUCCCGCCGGAGCCUACGCAGGACGAGGGCGAGAUCUUUAGCAGCACCAUCAGCUCGGGAAUCAACUUUGAUAAGUUUGAUUGUAUAGCUGUCAAGGUGAGCGGCGAGAACCCCCCGCGAGCUAUAGACAGCUUCGAGACAGCGGACCUGCGGAAGUACGUUUUGGACAACAUCCUGAAGUCCGGCUACAAGAAACCCACGCCUAUCCAGAAACACGCCAUCCCCAUCAUCAUGUCGGGCCGGGACCUCAUGGGAUGCGCACAGACGGGAUCUGGCAAAACUGCUGCAUUUUUGCUGCCAAUAAUAAAUAGUCUUCUUCAAGACCAGAAGGAACUAAUAGUUGGACCCAAUGGAUGUGCACAGCCUCAGGUCAUAAUAGUAUCGCCUACGCGAGAAUUGACUCUGCAAAUAUUCAAUGAAGCUAGGAAAUUCUCUUAUGGCUCCAUUUUGAAAAUCGCCGUUGCCUACGGCGGCACAGCCGUGAGACAUCAAGGGGAUAGUAUUGCUAGAGGAUGCCACAUUCUCGUGGCCACACCGGGUCGCCUUCAUGACUUCGUGGACCGCGGUCGCGUUUCGUUCGACAGUGUCCGCUUCGUAGUACUGGACGAGGCCGAUAGAAUGUUGGACAUGGGUUUCAUGCCCAGUGUAGAGAAGAUGAUGGACCACCCCACCAUGGUGCCUAGUGACAAAAGACAAACUCUGAUGUUCUCUGCCACAUUCCCUGAAGACAUCCAACAUUUAGCCGGUCGUUUCCUCAACAACUACUUGUUCGUGGCCGUGGGCAUAGUGGGCGGCGCCAGUACAGACGUAGAUCAGGUGUUCCACCAAGUUACCAAGUAUGAAAAGCAGAACACGUUAAAGACUCUUAUUGAAGAGAAUAACGGAAAGCGAAUCCUAGUGUUCGUGGAGACGAAACGCAACGCGGACUUCAUAGCGGCGAUGCUGUCGGAGCAACAGAUGCUGACGUCGUCCAUACACGGCGACCGCAUGCAGCGAGAGCGGGAGGAGGCGCUGCACAACUUCAAGAGCGGGCGGCACUGCAUUCUGGUCGCUACGGCCGUGGCUGCUAGGGGAUUAGAUAUAAAAAAUGUUGACAUUGUUGUCAACUAUGACUUGCCAAAGAGCAUAGACGAGUAUGUGCAUCGAAUCGGCAGGACCGGUCGUGUGGGCAACAGGGGAAAAGCGGUUUCAUUCUAUGAUACAGACCAGGAUUUCGCUCUUGCUGCAGAUUUAGCUAAGAUACUACGGCAGGCUAACCAAGAAGUACCAGACUUCUUACAAGGCGGCGGCACGGCGACGUAUAAGGGUAAUAAAUAUGGUGGCAGCGAUAUUAGGAACUUCAACAACGCUUCUGCACCAGUGGAGCAAGGCGGCGAGCCCGAGGAAGAAUGGUAAAGUUAAUACAAGUGGAAGUGAAGUAAAGGCAACUAGUGCGUGUAUCAAUCAAUGGUGCUUAUGCUGUAAGUUUUUGAAGUGAUUUGGCGCGAAAAUAAGAAAAAUAUUACACAUUAUGUUGAUCGGACAAUUUGAAUUGCAUUGUUAAUAUUAUGACAUGGGAUGACCCCUCACAACAAGACUGUAAUUAAUUGACAAGUAUUUUAGCAUUAACUCUAUGUACCUUGUUCCACUGUCCUCCAUUGAUACUGAUUCUAGUCAGAUAUUAUCUAGUUAUUUUACCAAAUAUUUACAAAGUUCAAAGAACUACAUUAUAUAAAUAAAGAAAAAACCUUAUUUGUUAAAUGUUAUUUCAUCUGAUUAAGAAUCAGUAUAUCUUGGGGUAGGAUCUUCGAUUAAAAAUAAAAAUAGUUUACUAACAUUUUUUUAAGUUCAAAGCCUAAUUUACGACAUGCUUUUCUGUCAUGCAUAAGUUCCUUUGAUUAUGUUAUGUGCAUACUUGUUGUACUUACAAUUUAGGGUUAGUUCUCGUACUUUGUUAUUUGUUUUAAGAAUUUAAUAAGUAAUUUUCUUUUCAUGUUAUUUUUUUUUCUAACGACCAGUGUUUGGUGAUAUGAAGGAUUAUGACAAAGUCUACCUUCAGAAAUAAAUAUAAAUCUGUGAUGUUAAAUGUAAAAGUUGCUCAGUAAAAUUUUAAAUAAUUGAUAAAUUGUAGUAUUUCAUAA